AUUUGAAUGAAGACUCAUUGAAUUAUUUAUGAUAAACGAAUUCUUAGAUUUUUGUCACAAGAAUGAUGGACAUGAACGAAACAGACAAUUACCAACUAGAAAAAAAUGGAAAGAAGUAGAAGAUGAGUUGUUAUUAAAAGCAAUAAGAAAAUAUGGAACCUAAUGGAGUAAAAUUUAAGAUGAGAUUCCAUCUAAAGAUUCAAGAUAAUGUUAGGCAAGAUGGAAAAUUUUAAAAUAAGUAAAAGAAUAUAAUAUGAAUAGAAAGAAGAAACUCUAAUGAGAUUAGAAGCAUUAGCAAGAGAAGAAUUUUCAGACAAGGAUAACUAAUUAAAUAAAAUGAAGAAAUAAAUGAAAUAAAAAAAAGAAAUACCUAGAAAAUAUAAUCCAAAAUUUGAUUAUAAUGAAGAAUCAUCUAGUGAAUCUAUGCAUUUAUAAUAAUUUCAAGAAGCAUUAGCCAAAUAACCAAAUAAAAUAUAAUAGUUACAAUAAUAAUAGUAGUAGAAAAGAGAAUAAUAUUAAAAAUAAGUAUAAAAUCAAUAUUAGAAUGUUUGGAAUGCAAUGGAUGAUAAGAUGCUUUGGAUAGCUUAUAAAAUAUAUAAAGGAGCAUGGAAUCAAAUAACACCUAGAUUUUAAGAAAAGAAUCCAUAAAGUUGUAUCGAUAGAUAUUAAUAUGUAACUUUUAUAAUUUAACUAAAUAGUUGUUAUAAUAAAAGAAAGUAAAGAUAUAGGAAGAUGAUUCUUCAGUUGAUGUAAUUUCAUCACCAAAUAUUUUGGAUACUUCACAAGAAGGAUCUGAACAAUUCGAUAUCUCAGAAAGUGAAGAUGAAGAUUCAACAGAUCUUUAACGGUCUGAUUGCAAAACAUUAUAAACAAAAUAAUAAUAAUACAAAGGAAUUUAUACUGUCUAAUAAUGUCACACUAACAUCGAAAGAAUCUUAAAAUCCUUUUCCAAUCAUAAUUUAGAUACUCUACCUGGAAUACGUGAAUCUAUAGUCAAACUCAUAUUAACAGAUUGA